GAUGCAUUACUGACAGUAGGCGAAAACUGCGAAAUUUGUGGUGACCUGCGAAGCGAUAAGAAACAUGAGGCGAGCAGAAAAGGAUUUUUAAGGAGUGCCGACUACGAUGGCAACGGUGACGACGACGAUGAGGUGAUUGGCAGCGACGACGGCGACGAAGACUAA